AUGGAAGAGAUAAAUCAGAGUAAUAAUCCAUACCCUGUUAUGCCUACGGGAUAUCUCCUCGGAUCAUAUCUAGCUCUCGCGUUAUACGGUGUCCAUACUUCCCAAGUUAUCCGAUACUUUUCCCAUCAUCGAGAUCCGCUCAGAACGAAAUUAUUAGUCUGCUGGAUAUUCCUUCUCAGUACAUUGCAAAUCAUCAUUAUCCUCCUAUCGAGUCAUCAGUAUUAUGUCAAUGGGAUUGUGGAUAAGAAGAUAUGGGGCACGUUUUGGUGGCCACUGAGUUUUCAAGAUGGUUUGAUCCCCCUCAUGGCAUUCACAGCCCAAUUAUAUUUCGGAAGAAGAGCAUGGUUGUUGACUGGUAAAAAACCUUGGAUGAUCUGGGCGACUUCGAUCUUAGCUACUAUAACAUUUGCAUGUGGUAUAGCCCUCGCUGUAACCGCCCACAUAUGGUCCGACAACCCCUUCGUCCCCUCUCAACUCUUCAAACAACGUACCAUUGGUAUUCCCUCUCAGAUCGUCGCCAUCACCUGGAUGGGUCUAUCGGCAUUCACAGAUGGAACCAUCACCCUUCUACUCAUAUGGCGAUUUAGACAAGCAAGACGGAACAGUGUCUUCUAUUCUACUCGACAUCUUGUCCGGAAGAUGAUUGCUCUCACUAUGGAGACUGUCUUACUCACUCACAUAGUUGGAGCUACAAUGUGUAUAAUCUUCCUUGCAUCUCCUGCGGCACAUCGAACGAAGAACAACGUAUUUUGGAUAUUGCUCGAAUCAAUCACCGAGCUUUACGCUUUAUCAAUCGUGUUCACCAUCAAUUCUAGAUCACCUACUGCUCCCCCAAUACCAGAUACAGUCGUAGAUGAUUCAGAUGGAAAAGAUGGAGAUGGGAGAGAUAGGUUACCUGAUGGUUUGGCUCAGACGGCAUUGGAUUAUCAUGUCGAGGGAUAUCAGGGAUCAACACCAUUCGGAGUCAGAGCUGUCAACGUUAACGUACAAGUGGAUAGAUCUCAUGGAUCUGGAUCUGGGACUGGGUCAUCACGGACGGGAGAUACGAUACCGUCGCCCUUCACACCGAUGGAUAUCGUUGGACAGCAGUAUUUCCCAUCGUUCACUAUGGGUUCGCCGAGGAGAUCGUCGAUGGAGAUGGAGGAUGAGAUAGAUGAAAAGGAUGGGAAAUAG